AUGAUGCCUUCCCUUGGCAAUGGAGCACGACCAACAAACGCUCUGACUGAUCUCCUGCUGUGUUCGGAGCUCUCUGCAUGUUUCAUCAUUUGGCUCCGUUCGCGGUCAAAGGUGGUGAAGAAGCAUGCGCUCUUCAAUUCCUACGCGCUGAACCUGCUUGGUGGAGCAGCUUGGACCGCCUCAGGUGUCUACGUCCAUCUCUGGGAGCCGCUGCCGCAGGAAGCCACGAUCGCCUGGCAGAUUUUCCUCAAUAUGGGUGCCACCACUCCAUUUCUGUUUCCGCUGGUCGUGCGUGAUGCUUUCUACAGAGACAGCAUGUCAUCCUUUGCUGCGAGGUUACAGGAUGUGAGCGCUGCGAUUUGUGCUUUGCUAUAUGCAUUGCUUGUUUGGGGAAGCUUUGAUUUGGCUGCAGGAAGGAAGCUCCCGCCAAUUGCCGUCUCGCCGUGGCAUGUGAUAGAUGGACGCAGCUAUGCUGGACUUGCAUAUGGUGUGAAGUUCGACCUUUUGUCGUCGAUGCCAUCGGCAAGAUCUGACUCACAAUUUGUUCUCAGUGUCCUCUUCAUGGCCUCAAACGCCCUCAGUGCCCUGCUACUAUUGAAUGUCUGCUACAACCGGGCCAAGGCUUCAUGGGCUGUUUAA